AUGUUACGUUAUUCUUUCUUUCUUUCUUUCUUUCUUUCUUUCUUUCUUUUCUUUCUUUCUUUCUUUCUUUUCCUUUCUACCUUCCUUCCUUACAACUCUUUUUUUCUAUCACUUUUCUUUAGUUUAUUAAUAUCUUUGUUUCUUUCCUUGCUUCCACUUCUAUGUUACGUUAUUCUUUCUUUUCUUUCUUUCUUUCUUUCUUUCUUUCUUUCUUUCUUUCUUUCUUUCGUUCCUUUCUACCUUCCUUCCUUAACUCUUUUUCUAUCACUUUUCUUUAGUUUAUUAAUAUCUUUGUUUCUUUCCUUGCUUCCCACUUCUAUGUUACGUUAUUCUUUCUUUCUUUCUUUCUUUCUUUCUUUCUUUUCUUUUUUCUUUCUUUCUUUCGUUUCCUUUCUACCUUCCUUACAACUCUUUUUCUAUCACUUUUCUUUUGGUUUAUUAAUAUCUUUGUUUCUUUCCUUGCUUCCACUUCUAUGUUACGUUAUUCUUUCUUUCUUUCUUUCUUUCUUUCUUUCUUUCUUUCUUUCUUUCUUUCUUUCGUUCCUUUCUCCUUCCUUCCUUACAACUCUUUUUUCUAUCACUUUUCUUUGGUUUAUUAAUAUCUUUUGUUUCUUUCCUUGCUUCCACUUCUAUGUUACGUUAUUCUUUCUUUCUUUCUUUCUUUCUUUCUUUCUUUCUUUCUUUCUUUCUUUCUUUCGUUCCUUUCUACCUUCCUUCCUUACAACUCUUUUUUCUAUCACUUUUCUUUAG